AUGACAGGAACAAAUCCACUGAGCCCGGACAACGUCCUAGAACUCGCAGCCAAAGCUCUCAGCAGUGGUCAGCCGAGCCUCCAAACACCAUAUGAAGCUGUGGCUCUGAUCGGCCAUGCCUGCAUGGUAGCGGUGGACUUCCGGUUAGUGGGACUUGGAGAAGAUCAUACUCUAGGUUGGUACACCCAUCGAUAUUCUAUUUCAAAGCCUUGUCAUUUCAUUGCUGACAUUUCGACAGAUUCAUCAACAGAGUCCCCCGCGCUCCCCGCCGAAUGGAAUGCCAACUCCACCUUCGCCUUUCGAUAUGCGCACGCGCAAUCCUCGAUGCAAUAUUUGCUAAAAGUGAGCCGUCUCGGAAAUAAUGCCGUGGUCUUUGCUCUAGCGCUGGGCGAUGACCGCACCAGCUCCUUCGACAUUCCCGCCAAAGACUUCAUCUCCGCAUCCGCGCUCCCACUCUCGCAAACCGAAAAUCUCACUGGGGCCCUCCGCGACGUAUUCAUAUCGACCGCUCGACUGAGUGACCUUAUCGGACUGUUUAAGAUCAAUGUCAUUCAAAAGCUCGCGCCGGGAUUAUAUAAGGAAGGCUACGAGGAACCGAGGCAGACCUCGCGGGAACAAGCCGAGUCUUCGCGCCAGCGCGAUCGCCUUCGCGACGACUCCCUUCCUCAACCUGCGCGUCCAUACCCUUUUGAAGAUCCCCUAGCUACUGCGCCCCGACUACCGAACCCGGCAGGUGAUUUUGCGCCUCCAGGUUUCGAAGACGAGUUUGAGAUCAACCGCCCUCCGCGUGGGUUCCCACCCGGUUUCCCGGGUGGUCGCAACCCGUAUAACAUCGGCGAGCGGGAUCUCUACCCCGCCGGUCUCGGUCCCAAUGACCCGCUGCGUGGAACGAUGGGUCCGGGCUUUGGUAGCGGCGGCGGGAUGCAUCCAACCUUUGAUGAUCCCCUCUUCGGAGGCAGCGGGGGCGCGGGUGGUAGAUAUGAUCCUCGUGCACCACCUGGAGCACGUUAUGAUCCGCCUGGGCCAUUUGGACCUCCAUCCGGUCGUGGGAAUGGACCUGGUGGAGGCGGUUUUGGUGGAUUUGGGGGUGGGUUUGGCGGCGACAUCAUAUAG